AUGUCCCAUCCCAACAAUGCCAACGGAGAGGUCACCUACAGCCACAACUACCAACGCCUAAUGCGUUUAGGACGGAAACGCACUUUGGAAUUUACAUUCAGCGAUUUCCAAAGGAUCUUCCUCUGUGACACGAUUAUCAAGCCGGCCAGGAAACCGCUGCCUCUCGUUACGUACGGCUGUGAAACGAUGGUUAUCGGAUACGAGUGCCGCCGCGAUGACCCAGGGAGUGGACGUUCCAGCCCCGACAGCCGACGAAGCAAGUUCUCAGCCAGUCAUCGGAGUGUCCUCACAAGCGUCAAAUGCGUUCUCCCAUAUAUCAGCAACCCCAACACCACCAGGGCUCGUAGAAUCGCAGGCCAUUGGUGCUCAUGCUUCGUCGAUAUCAGGACCAAGCAUCCAGCCCGCUCUCAGAACAAGCGCGCCAGUCCUAGGAUUAUUCUCGGUUAUAUCAGCAGCCUCGUUGGCCUCGGAAACGAUAAGCUCACAGACCUUCAGCAGGAGCGUCUCAACGAUCUCGGGGGCGAGCUCUCAUUCUGA